CAUAAUCGUCAUUUGUUCCGACCAAAUUCCGAGAGAAAGGCAAAAUAAAAAAGGGGGAAAAAAAAGGGAGGAAAGCUUAAAAAAAGCAACGAACUCAAUUUCAUAAACCCUAACAAAUCCCCCAUCUAUGGACUUGAGAUCCCCAAUUUCGAUCAGAUAGCGGCCUCUCCUAUCCCCGAUCGCAGCAGCUCUGUAUCGCUUGAUCUCGCCGUUUCUCCACCUGCUUGCGCUUGCCGACACCGAGAGAUCCUGCUAUUAGUCGCGUCCAUGCGAUCGAUCGCGGCGAGCUCCUCAGAUCUUAAUCGCUUCGUCGGCCAUGAGAGGUUCUCGGAGCUCGUUUCAAGUUUCUGAGCUACGAGGACUUUUGAAAUCCUUGAAAUUGUUGCUACUGAAUUAUUUGAUGAUCUUAUCAUGUCUUGAACUCAUAAGCAAGGCUUUGUCUGGCAUUCAAAUACCUACCUCAGUGUCGGCCGUUUCUCCACCAGGUGGAUGGGAUCUACUGGAUUCUGCACCUGCACCAGCCAUUUCUGAAUUCUUCUUGCCUGCGACUCUUCCUCUGGUUCGGAGAGAACUUAGGGAACAAUUUUCUCCGCAAGCUGCAAGUUCACCUCCUCCAGAAUAUAGUUCUUUGACAACUGCUGGUCCACCCUCUUCAAGAUUAUCAAAGCAAUCAUAUCCAUCGAUGCAGCGGAACCAAAGUCGUGCCCCUGAAUCAUCCCUUAUACCUCCUAUCACUGGGGGUACUGCUCCAUCAGAUUCCAAUGCCAGCUCUGUUCCUUCUCCAGAUGCACCUUUAAUCCCUCCUCACAGGUCUGGAUGCUGUGAGCAGAAUAUGGUGCAAAAGCGAGGUACUCAAGGUUGUCAUUGUGUGUACCCAGUAAAAGUUGAGCUGUUUCUUCAGAAUGUUUCUUUGAGUUCAAAUUGGAGCAAUGAAUUUCUUCAAGAACUUGCCUCCCAGCUAAACCUUCGUGUCAGUCAGUUCGAGAUUGAUAACUUUUAUGUUGUCGGUGUCUCAGGCCUAAAUAUCUCUAUGGCCAUUGCUCCGCACACUGGGAUUAGUUUCUCUGCAGAUCAAGUCAACGCAAUGAACUAUUCACUUACUUUUCAUAAAGUUCAUGUGAACCCUACGCUAGUUGGUGAUUACAGACUUUUGAACUUAACUUGGUUCAAGCCAUUGGCUCCUGCUCCUGCUCCAACACAGGCUUUUGCACCCAGGGUUUCACCGCCUUCAAAGUCCAAUGUGCAUACACCUCCAAGUACUAAUGAAGAUAAACGUUCAACUCUGAUUAUAGCUGUGGGCAUAGGUACUGGUGUCCUGAUCAUUAUUAUAAUAUCCGUGAUAAUCAUCUUCUCCUGCAUAUCUAGAAAAGAGAAGCAGACUGCCGCCAAAGAACCAGCAAAACCAAGGAGUGGAGAUGCAGCUUCUGUAGAAGGCUCUCUUCCUCAUCCUACUAGUACAAGGCUUCUCUCGUAUGAAGAGCUCAAAGAAGCAACGAAUAAUUUUGAACCAGCAAGCAUACUUGGAGAAGGUGGCUUUGGUCGCGUCUUCAAGGGAGUCUUAAGUGAUGGAACAGCAGUUGCCAUAAAGAAACUCACAAAUGGAGGACACCAGGGAGAUAAGGAAUUCCUGGUUGAGGUUGAAAUGCUAAGCAGGCUACAUCACCGCAAUCUAGUAAGACUUGUUGGUUACUACAGCAGCCGUGAUUCAUCACAGCAUCUUCUCUGUUACGAGCUUGUUCCCAAUGGAAGCCUCGAGUCCUGGCUCCAUGGUCCUCUGGGAGCAAAUUGUCCUUUAGGUUGGGAAACUAGGAUGAAAAUAGCUCUUGAUGCUGCUAGAGGGCUUGCCUACCUUCAUGAGGAUUCUCAGCCCUGUGUGAUACACAGAGAUUUCAAAGCAUCCAAUAUAUUGCUUGAGAACAACUUCCACGCAAAGGUUUCAGAUUUUGGACUUGCCAAACAAGCACCUGAAGGGCGUGCGAACUAUCUUUCUACUCGCGUGAUGGGAACCUUUGGGUAUGUAGCACCCGAAUAUGCUAUGACUGGACAUCUGCUAGUGAAGAGUGAUGUAUAUAGUUAUGGAGUAGUUCUGCUUGAACUGCUGACUGGGAGGAGGCCUGUAGAUAUGUCACAGCCAUCUGGCAAGGAGAAUCUUGUGACCUGGGCUAGGCCAAUUCUUCGUGAAAAAGAUCGGUUGGAAGAGCUAGCUGAUCCUAGUCUGUCAGGUAAAUAUCCAAAAGAAGACUUUGUGCGAGUAUGCACAAUUGCAGCAGCUUGCGUUGCGCCUGAAGCAAGCCAAAGGCCCACGAUGGGCGAAGUGGUUCAGUCCCUUAAAAUGGUGCAGAGAUUAGCAGAGUAUCAGGAUGCAAUGCCGAAUCCCACUGCUCGGCCAAAUGUAAGGCAGUCAUCCACGACCUACGAAUCCGAUGGCACUUCAUCAAUGUUUUCUUCUGGGCCCUUCUCAGGUCUAAGCUUAUUUGACAAUGACAACAUUUCUAGAACUGCAGUCUUCUCAGAAGAUCUCCAUGAAGGACGAUAACUCUUUCAAAGUAACCAGCUUGUAACUGAAAAAGAAACAUGGAGAGGCUCUUGAUUAAUGAAAGGGAUGAGUCUCAACAAGGUUUUGUGAUGUUUGUGCAAGUACAUUUCAAUUUAUAUCAAGCCCUCAAAUGUUUUUUUUUGGGGUCAUUUUCAGCAGAGGUUCUCUAGUCUGGUUGCGUGCGAAUUGCUCCUAAUGUGCCUUUGCCAGGCUCAUGUUGUUUGACAUUGUUCUCAUAUAAUUCAUGACAUUUUUCUGGA